AUGCAUACGCUUCACUUGGCCUUGUUUUAUGUUCUCAUAAGUUUUGGGGCCAAAUGUUCGGUGUGUCUGCGCGGCAUCUCAUCGAGCGAUUGGGUGCGAAAAGCUCGCCAACACAUUUACCAUUUGGCGUGUUUUGCAUGCGCCGCCUGCCAUCGGCAACUGUCCACCGGCGAAGAGUUUGCCCUGCAUGAGGAUCGCGUCCUCUGCAAAGCCCACUAUCUGGAAACCCUGGACGGAGGCGCCACCUCUUCUGAUGAUGGUUGUGACGCCGACGGGUACCACAAAAACAAGGCCAAGAGGGUGCGCACCACGUUCACCGAAGAACAGCUGCAGGUGCUGCAGGCGAAUUUUCAGCUGGACUCGAAUCCGGACGGCCAGGAUCUGGAGCGGAUCGCUCAGAUCACCGGUCUGAGCAAGCGGGUCACUCAGGUGUGGUUUCAGAACUCGAGGGCCCGCCAGAAAAAGCACAUGCACACGGGCAAGACGAAAACGCAACUGCACACGACCAGGGGAGAGGAGAACGGCUUCAGUAGACAUAUCAACCUGCAUUUGACCUACUCGUUCCAGCAGCAGAACAAAAACAGCGUCUUUUCCCAACCAGAUUCCGCCCUGGACGAUCUGUCCCAAGACUCAGCCAUGCACUGUAUGCAGAGCGAAGUCUAAAUGUCCAGUGUAGAUAAUAGUCAGAGUGAAGGAAACACAUAUAAUAUGCCCAAGCUUUUUGGCAGUGACGCCAUGACUGAAACAAGUAAUGACGUCACUGCCAAAUAGCUUGGAACAGACUAUGCAUUUAGGGCACAGAGCCCUUGUAAAUGUGUACAUAUAAGUCGAAAAAUUAUAACUGAUGUAUUUGUUUUAUUUUGUCAAAUUUAUUAUUAUUUAUAAAAAGCAAAUUUUUCGUGUAAAGUCUCGGGGUUUCGGUGUUGUACUCGACGAGACUUCCAUACGGAAUUGUUCAAAAAUGUUGUAUAUUUACUGUUGUAUAGUUAAGGAAGAAUAUUAAACAUUAACAUUUA